GAUCCCGCGUUGUGUAUUGCACGUUACAUAGACAGCCGGUACAGGGUAGUGUUGUGACAGCGAGUGUAUGUGCGAUGCUCGGACGGUGAUUGAAGCAUGGUGAAUUACGUUAAUCCGCUCGCCAUGUACCAGGGCAAGGGCGGACAGUACGGCGCGGGGGGAUGGUACGGGUGGCAACAUCAAAACUUUGAAGAGCAGCAAUGGUGCGCUUGGAACGGAACUCCGGCGGGAGGCGAAUGGCCUUCGGAUCCUCAUCAUUUCAAGAGAGAGCCAGGAGAAAGAGAUAUAGCCGAAAUGCCAUCUCCUGCUCGUGGGGACUUAGCUAGCCCUGGAGAAGGAUCGCCUGGGUCGAGGCCCUCACAGCCGCCGGCUCCGCCGCGCUCGCCUUACGAAUGGAUGAAAAAACCAAGUUAUCAGUCACAGCCCAAUCCAGCAGGGAAAACACGCACGAAAGAUAAAUAUCGGGUGGUGUACAGCGACCACCAGCGGCUGGAGUUAGAAAAGGAGUUCCACUACAGCAGAUACAUCACUAUACGACGGAAGGCCGAGCUCGCUGUUAGCCUUGGACUUUCCGAAAGACAAGUAAAAAUUUGGUUCCAAAACCGCCGCGCGAAGGAGCGAAAACAGGUAAAAAAACGCGAGGAAGUCGUGAUGAAGGAGAAGGGCGACCACGCAUCCCUUCAACACGCACAAUUGCACCAUGCGACUAUGUUGCAUCAUCAGCAGAUGAUGAACGGCAUGAUGCACCAUCAUCACUAUCACCAAGGGGUUCUCCAAGGAGUGCCCGAACCUCUAGUGCCGGGCGUCGCGCCUGUUCCUCUCCUGUGACCACAACAAGACUUCUGUGCUCACAGUGACACGUAUGCAUAGUGACCAAACCCAGUGAUUAAAAUAUAGAUGAUUACCCCGUCGGGUUAACUUAUGUGCUUUUGCAUUAAAUUUUACCUACUCGUUUAUUGGACUUGUGAUAAAUAGUGCAAUGUUCUUACGAGAAUAUGUCGUGCGAAUAGACUUAGUAAGUUUAUUCUAGUAUCGUUUAGGUAUCUUUAUUAUAUUGGGUAAUAGUCGUUACAUCUAAUACUCCUAUAGGAGACCACCUUGGGCUCUAGGCUUUUUCAUUAAUGACCGUUCUUUCCUCCAAGAUGUGGUAGCCUUACGUUGCGUCUUAAUGGGAGAAGUCUCGACCCAAGAGUCGUGAAAGUUCAUGAUUGCCUUUUUAGUGCUAUUACUUAGUGGGUAGGCGCCUCUUACGUGGUCACGCCUUAAGGCUUUCCCGGCCUGUUAUUUCUAUAUAGAAUAAGAAUUAUUUUAAUUUAAAAUAGAUUCUGUCAAUGUAAAUAUAGAUAACUAUAUUUUUAUAAUAUUAUAAUACUUAAGUAUUAUUAAAAUUGAUUGUUUUAAGAAAUUUAUUAAUAUUUCUCAACGUUAUGAAUGCCGUUGAUGAGAUUAAUACAUCUAGCCUUGCCAUGCGCAACUGUAACUAACCGUUUGAAUAUAAUUGUCUAGUUGUUUGCUUAAAUAUAGGUCUGUUUGAAUGAUCGGCAAAUCAACAUAGUUAAUGAAUGUUCGUUAUAUUUAUAAAUGCCUUUAAGAAUCUCAUUAAACUUUAUAAAAUCAUAUACCAUACUUUAUGGUAUAUUUAUUGCACGGUAGCGUUGAGAAAUAGAUAAAUAUAUUUUUUUUACUUUGAAUGAGAUUAUUUCUAGUGUUAAUGUUUCUGUAAAUAGAAAUUAGAUAAUAAUCGCUUAAAAAUAGAUAUAAUUUAAUCUCGGAAUAAAUUAAUUGAAGACGAAAUACUUAAUAACUACGUUUCUCAAUGAACGCGUUGUUGUGAUGUAUGUUUUAUGAGAUUCGAUUUAAUUACAAUUUAUCCUUUCAUUAUGUUGUUAAAAUAAUGUAACGAUGUAUUAUUUAUUGACAAAUAUUCACGAUAAUGGAAGUAUUAUUAUUAUGUUUAUCGUUUUGUUUUGUGACGACGUUAUUGUGGUGCUAUUUUGUUUUAAAUAAGCCUUUUCAUGUACACAAAAUAUUGUAGAAUAAAUCUGUUAUAAAGUAUUCACAGGGCAUUGUAAUAUUGGGCUUGUUGUAAUAGACGUAUGUUGUGUUGGAUAUAAUGUAAAUUGUUUUUGUACACUGUGUUAUAAGGAUUGUACGCACCACCACGAAACACAUUUGAUAAACUAAAUAAAUUCAUG